UAGCGGAUCUGUGCGAGGGAGGAGGAGGGCGGAGAUUACAGGAAGGAAACGCAAAAAAGACCCUAAAGAAAACUAAAAAGUGUCUAUAGUAAAAUGGCUGCCGGGAUUGGGGGGAAGGACUGCCAGAGUGUCGCGGUACCCCCUCGCCCCGCUGCAGCAUGGUGAACCCUAGCAAAGUGAAGCCUCAGCCGCCGCCGGAGCUGGAGGGAGAGGAGAGGAAGAGAAGGAAGAAGCGGGAUCAGCCAGAGAGAGUAGUGCCAGCCGCAUCCUCCCCCAGCCUGCAACCGCCCCAAGCCAUGCUAGAGAUGGAUACUUUGCCCAGGCAGGAACUACCCCCUGCCCAAGCCCCCACGCUGCCCCCUGGGGGAUCUACUCCCUCGCCGCUAUCCUCCUGCUCCCGUCAGGCGUGGAGCAGGGACAACCCGGGCUUUGAGGCUGAGGAGGACGGGAUGGAGGAAGAGGAGGACGGGGAGGAGGGCAUGGUGGUGGAGAUGGAUGUGGAGUGGCACCCCUCUGCUGGGCCUGGCAGGAGGUCUUCCUCCUUGGUGUCCUCCAGCAGUGGUGGCAGUACCGGGCUGGUGGGAUAUCAUCAUGAUCCAAAUGGCCAGGGACAGCGUGGGCGCCGGAGAAGGGGGGACCCUGGCAGACCUGGCCCGGGCGCUGAGCAGUCUCCAGGACAGGACGGGGUUGGCAGAAUCCUGCACACGCUGAGAGGUCUUUGGGGUACAAGAUAUACAGAGGAUCGUAUAACUACGAGAGAGAAAUAUCUCAAGAGUGUUCUCCGCGAGUUAGUCACUUAUGCUGUGUUUCUCCUCAUUUUAUGUAUUUUAACAUAUGGAAUGGUGACUUUAAGCAUGUUUUACUAUACAAAGGCUAUGACCCAGCUUUUCCUGGAUACACCUGUUUCAAAGACUGAGAAGACCAAUUUCAAAACAUUAAUGACAAUGGAUGACUUCUGGAAGUUUGCAGAAGGCCCCCUUUUAAAUGGUUUAUACUGGGACAUGUGGUACAACAACAGGACUGUGGCAGAAAAUCAAAGCUUUAUCUAUUAUGAGAACCUGCUACUUGGGUUACCGCGUCUUCGCCAACUCAGGAUAAAAAAUGGGUCCUGCACCGUACCAGAAGACCUGAGGGAUGAAAUAAAGGACUGCUAUGACAUGUAUUCUGUCAGGAAUGAAGAUACUGCCCCUUUUGGAUUACGCAUUGGAACAGCAUGGACCUACACCACAGAAAAGAAUCUAAACGGCAGCAGUCAGUGGGGUCUUAUUUCCACCUACAGUGGAGCUGGGUAUUACUUGGACCUCUCAAGGAGCAGAGAGGAGGCUGCUGCUCAGAUUGCAACCCUGAAGAAUAACCUGUGGUUGGACAGAGGCACCCGCGCAGUCUUUAUUGAUUUUACAGUGUACAAUGCAAAUAUUAAUCUCUUCUGCGUUUUCAGGUUGUUGGUGGAGUUCCCAGCAACUGGUGGGCUAGUCACGUCCCUACAGUUUCAGACCGUAAAGCUGAUCCACUAUGUUUCCGUGUUUGACUAUUUCUUGGCUGCCUGUGAGAUAGCAUUCUGCUUCUUCAUCCUGUAUUACAUGGUGGAGGAAUUCCUGGAGAUCCGCAUUCAUCGCCUGCACUACUUCCGCAGCCUCUGGAACUGUCUGGACAUUGUCAUCAUUGUGCUCUCUGUGGUGGCGGUGGCAAUCAACCUACACAGGAUGUCUGCUGUGGAAGGACCACUGAAGGACCUCUUAGUGGACAUGAAUGUUUUUCCUAACUUUGAAUCUAUAGCCUACUGGCAGAAACAGUUUAAUAAUGUUGCUGCUGUAACCGUGUUCUUUGCUUGGCUUAAGCUAUUCAAGUUUGUGAACUUCAACAGGACCAUGACCCAGUUAUCUACAACGAUGUCUCGCUGCGCCAAGGACAUCCUGGGCUUCUCUAUUAUGUUCUUCAUCAUUUUUCUGGCAUAUGCCCAGUUUGCCUUCUUAGUGUUUGGCAGCCAGGUUGAUGACUUCCGUACCUUCCAAGAUUGUAUUUUCACCCAGUUCCGUAUUCUUUUGGGAGAUUUUAACUUUACUGAGGUUGAGGAAGCAAAUCGCAUCUUGGGACCCAUAUACUUCACAUCCUUUGUGUUCUUUAUGUUCUUCAUACUGUUGAACAUGUUUUUGGCCAUCAUCAGUGAUACCUAUUCAGAAGUCAAGACGGACAUGGCUCAGCAAAAAAGCGAAAUGGAAUUGGCUGACCUCAUUAAAAAAGCGUUUAGUAAGGCAAUGGUGAAACUUAAGCUGAAAAAAAGCGCAGUGGAUGAUAUUUCGGAGAGCCUCCGGCAAGGUGGGGGAAAGCUGAACUUUGAUGAGCUACGACAAGACUUAAAGGGGAAAGGACAUACUGACGCAGAAAUUGAGGCCAUUUUUGCCAAAUAUGACCAAGACGGGGACCAGGAGCUUACUGAACAUGAGCAUCAGCAGAUGCGGGAUGACCUGGAGAAAGAAAGGGAGGACUUGGAGCUGGACCGGGGCUCUCUGCCUCGUCCCAUGAGUGGCCGUAGUUUCCCACGCAGUUUAGAUGACUCAGAAGAGGAUGAUGAUGAGGACAGUGGGCACAGCUCCCGCAGAAGAGGCAGCAGCUCCAGUGGUGUCUCCUAUGAGGAGUUCCAAGUCCUAGUAAGACGAGUUGAUCGGAUGGAACACUCAAUUGGCAGCAUUGUGUCCAAAAUCGAUGCAGUGAUUGUUAAACUGGAAGCCAUGGAGAGGGCAAAAAUGAAGCGCAGAGAGGUUCUAGCAAGACUUCUGGAUGGAGUCACUGAGGAUGAAAGACUUGGCCGGGAUAAUGAGGUGCACAGAGAACAAAUGGAGCGGCUGGUGAGAGAAGAGUUAGAGCGAUGGGAAUCUGAUGACACCGCUUCCCAAAUGAGUCAUCGCUUGGGGACCCCUAGUGGAGCCAAUGGUCAGCCACGCUCCAGAAACUCCCGCCCUCCAUCUUCUCAGUCUACAGAAGGCCUUGAUGGGGGAGGAGUGGCUGCCAGUGUUGCAAAUAGCCAGAUUUAAUUAUAUGGUUGGUAAUAAAAGCAUAAUCUCUCUUACAGUAAGAUGCACGUCGGCUAGAAAAGGUUAGCCUGUGGCUUUUCAGCUGUUCACCAAACUGGCAAAGCCGUAGGUCACCCUAUGCGAUUUGUUCAUACAGAAUAUUGUACAAGCUUAUGCUCACAGGUGGUUUAAUAUGUGUCUGUAGUGCCCCUUCAUCUGCUGCGUUGGUGAACAGUCUAAUUACCUGAAAAUGACCAUUUGAUCAGUAUGAGGACUGCAUUGUAGGUACUCGCUGCUUUUCCUCCAACUUACUGUUGGUCUAUCCAGCAAGCAGAGAGUAAUACACCAAGCAUUCCUCCUAGUGAGCAGUUACACUUUGUGUCCUGGGAGUACUGUGCUAGGCAAUGCACCCUGGGCAGAAUUAUAGACAUCUGUGAGUACAUAUCUAAAGUGUAGCAGUAAAAUAUUAUCAUAUAGCUGAAAGUAUAUUUUAAUGGUACUUUGUGCCACCAUGUAUGUGUUCUUGCAAGUUUUACACAUAACAUUACUUUUUAUGUUUGUGCCUUGUAAAUAUGCAUAUAAAGUGUUUAGGUUGCUUUAAAACUUCUGACAAAAGAACAUAGUGAUUUAAACCACAAAUAGCAUCUGCAGUAAGCUCCAAGCCGUCACUUGCUAAUUAUGUAUAUUAGGGAACAUUACAACACAUAACAAAAGGUAUACUUAAAAUGAAUAAUUAUAUAUAUAUAUAUAUAUAUAUAUAUAUAUAUAUAUAUACACACACACAAAAGAAACUUGACUAUUGCACUAAGAGCUCUCUUUAGUGGAACUAUAUUCCAUGUCAUAUCAACUACAGAUACGUGACAUUACUGCUUGUGUUCUAAUACUUUUAUACUAUCUACCUUUUGUUGACUAUACUAUUUUUAUAACCGUAAAAGGGCUUAAUAGAAAUUUUUCCAAACUGGAACAUUUAAUUUCACCAUAUUCCUUGCUAUGACUUGUGCUGGAGCCUAGCCUAAGGUGCAUGUACACAUAGCAUAACUAACAACCAGUACGCUUGUUUUAAACCUAAUAGGCUUAAAGAAUAUUUGAUCUGGAAAUAUUCAUUAUUAAUUGCAACUAACAAAAGCCAGUCUGACAAAGAUCAAGAAACAUGUCUUGAAGUUGUCCAAAUACCUUAGUUGUGUCUCACUAGGGGGUAAAUUUACUAAGGUUGGAGCUUUUUAGAGCUGGUGAUGUUACUCAUAGCAACCAAUCAGAUUAAUCAGAUUCUGCUUAACAUUUAUCUAGCUGCUUCUAGAAGAUAAUAUAUAGAAUCUCAUAAGUUCUAACAAAAAACUCCCUUCUUAGUAAGUUAACCCGUAGAUCUAGCUUGAGCACAAACCAGCAUGACAUGUCUGAUUCAUAUGUGGACAUAGAAAUGAUCAGUGCUGCGACGAUUAGCUGCAUUUCUGAGAAGGUAUGUAUAUGAUACAGGUGUUGUCUUUUGGAUUUUGAUGCCCAUAUGUGGCUUCUCAUAUCUGCUGCGUGUCCGAAGACGCUUAGGUUGCACAGUAUGAUCAGGCUGUUCACACUGCUGGAGCCAGAAAAUCUGCAUCCUAAGAUGCAGAACCUGUGUUUGUCACUCCCAUAAAACUAGGGCUAUGCCCCUAUAUUCAGGAACAUUGUCCAGCUCUGCCCACCGCCAAGCACCAUCGACCUGUCAGGCUGCGGCUUGAGGGCACUGCGUGUGAAGACCUAGAACGGGACCUGUGCAGCUGUCCCACCAUUGGAGCUGUAUUUAAACCAGUGGGUUUAUGUACAUCUCUGAACCAGGCCCUGACUUGCAUGACUUAAGCAACUGUCCUAUGUAACAAAGCCUUAAUGCCUUGUGUGUGUGUAUAUAUAUAUAUAUAUAUAUAUAUAUAUAUCCGAUAUCUCCUGCAUUAUGUAAAUUAACACUGCAAAACCCCGUUUUUUACAGGGGAGGUUGUGGUAUGGCUCUAUUUCACAAGCUUCCAAAAGCAUAGCUUGGCCCAGUUAGUUAUCGCCAUUGUAGCAUAUGGGCUAUUACAGUAUUGCUGGAGAGGGAUAUUCUGAUGGACAUCAGCCAUCAAUGAUCUGACACCAUUGAUGUUUGUUCAGGUGUUUAAUAUCAGCUUGCAGGAGAUCGAAUGCAGCCAUAGUCUGCGCCUGUGCUGCAGGUGGUUAUUGGUGGAUCAACAGUCAAUGGUUUGUCCUUGAUGGUUUAAAACCAUUAACAGUUGUGUCGGCGAUGGUGAUACCUAUGGGAAACCUUUCUACAGGAGCGGUGUCACAGUAAGCAACCAUUGUUAAAUGGAGCUAAACAAUGCACAUGUCCCUUAAUAAGCUAAUAGUAGCACAAUGAUACUAAAUGUACAGAAAUUAUAUCUGCUCCAGGUCUAACGCCAGCAGAGAUGGAUUUAAAAUACAUUUUAAAUACUAAGGUUUUCUUGAAAAAGUCAACACAUUAAUAUCAGUAAAAAAACCUAUAAUUAUGAACAAAGCUUGUUCAGCCAAUUUAUUACUUCUCAUAACAUUGUUUGACGGGAUAAAAACGCGUUGUAAAUAUGUCUGUAACAUGUUGUUACGGUUUUAUUUUGUGAACAAACUUCAUCUUGAAGUGCUUAAAGUUUAAUGGAUAUCCGUGUAAGGUUUAUAAUUGUGCUAGAGUGUGAGAACUAGCCAUAUUGAACAGAGAUGAAUAUUUUCUGCAUCACACAAUGGCCCUCAUUCCGAGUUGAUCGCUCGCAAGGCGAAUGUAGCAGAGUUACACACGCUAAGCCGCCGCCUACUGGGAGUGAAUCUUAGCUUCUUAAAUGUGCGACCGAUGUAUGCGCAAUAUUGCGAUUACAAACGAGUUAGCAGUUUUUGAGUAGCUUCAUACUUACUCUGCCUGUGCGAUCAGUUCAGUGCUUUUCGGUCCUGGCUGACGUCAUAAACACACCCAGCGUUCGCCCAGGCACACCCACCGUUUCCCCGGCCACUCCUGCGUUUUCUCCGGAAACGGUAGCGUUUCCAGCCACACGCCCCUAAAACGCCGUGCAUCCGCCCAGUAACACCCAUUUCCUGUCAAUCACAAUGCGAACGUCGGAGCGAUGAAAAAGCCGUGAGUAAACUUACUUUCUUCAUAGUAAAGUUACUUGGCGCAGUCGCAGUGCGAACAUUGCGCAUGCGCACUAAGAGAAUUCUCACUGCGAUGCGAUGAAAAUCUCCGAGCGAACAACUCGGAAUGAGGGCCAAUGUUUUAGGUCAGCUGUAUCUGCCAGCAUCACGUGCUGCUUUAGUUUAGGUGAGCGGGCCGCUGGCACUGGUCUUUACAUUUGCCAGAGACUACAACUGGAAGUAGUAGCUUAAAUGGAAACCUAUACAUAGAUUGAAUGAUUUAAUUAAGGCCUUGCUAAUGAACCUGAAUAUCUGUGUAACCAACACUGCAGACCAGCAACUUGCAUAAUGUUACUGCUAGAUACAUAGGGGUCUAUGUACUAAGCCUUGGUGAGUGAUAAAGUGGAGAGAGUUAAAGGACCAACCAACCAGCUCCUGUCAUUUUUCAAACACCACCUGUAACAUGGCAUUUAGGAGCUGAUUGGCUGGUACUUUAUCUCUCUCCAAGGCUUACUGUAGUACAUAGACCCCAUAUUAUGAUUUUGAACCUAUAGGCACAGUAUGUUACACUAUGCACUUUAAAAUAAAAGGUUUUGUAUCUUUUUGGAAA